GUAGAAUGUACCGUGACACUACGUCUAGACGCAGUUUAAAAUCAACAAUUAACUUGGUUUUCCGUAUCACAUAUUAUUAAAAAGAUCAAAAACUUUUCUUGAUUGGACCAAGGAUUACCAGAUAUCAUUAAUAUAAAACUUCUAUAAAAGAAAAAUGCUUGACGUGCCGCUAUGGAUAUUAGGUGUCAUUCUCUUAGGCAUAAUGGGAAUAAUAAUAUUUUCCGUCGUAAUGUGUCUAGACAAAUGUGGUUGUGAUGAGGGGCUACAAGGAGAUCAAAAAGGCCCACAAAAUAAUGUAAAAGGCACUCCUAACGAUAUAUUUAACACUAGUCUUCAACAAGGUUCUCAGGGAUAUGAUAAUCAAGCUUUCAGUCAAGAGAAUAUUGCCAGUACAUCAGCUGCUGAAAGUGUUCACUAUCCACAACUAAAUGUAUCGACGAGCUCUGCAGAACCUACUGUUAUAGUGGACAACAAUAUCGAACAUAAGGCUACUGUACAUUCAGCUGGACACAUUGCAGAAACCUCCUUUUCAGAAUUUGUUGGUGAAAAUAGUCCAAAAAUCCAUUGCGAUGCUGUUGGACCAAUCGGUUUUGAUUUUAGUGGAUCCUCAACAGGUAAAUUUAGUCCAGACGAUGACGUCUUUCACAAAAACAUUGACAGCGGCUCUGUGCGUUCUCAUAAGGAAAUUGCAGGACCGUCAUCUUGGGAAGAAUAUAACAAAAAUACAUCCAGAACCCACAGCGACUCUGGACCUAGUGCUUUUGAUUCUGGUGGACAUACAGAAGUUAGACUUGAUACAGGUAGUGGUAUGGUAAACUUAAAUGCUGAACACCUUGACUCAGAUAACAAAAUCAAAGUUGGUUGGAAUCUAGACCAACCUUCUGGAUCAUCUGGUAUACAUAUCCAUCACAUACAAUUAAAUGAAGCAAUGCAUUCUGAACACGACAGUGCUGGAUAUGAAGAAGGUGUUAAUGCCAGUAGCGAAAUUGCAGAAACAUCAUUUUCAGACGUUGACCUUCGUGAUUUAAACACAUAUCCUGAACCACCCAUUAUUCCACGUGUUCAUCUCCUAAAACAACCUAAGUCAGCAAAUUCUGAACAUAACAAUGUUGAUGACAAUAUCAAGGAGAACGAAGAAAGUUUCCAGUUUAGUGGUCACGUUACUGAAACGUCAUUUUCAGAGGAUGCUGUCCAGAAAAGGUCUUCAGAAGUUAAUGCUGCAAAUAUUCUGACCAGCAGGUGCGAGUCAGGUGAAGUUAUUAGAUUUAGUUUAAAUGAUAUUUCAUUAAAUUUAAGAGCAUUCGAACAUAAUAGAGAUGCAGACUCUAGACAACUUGCUAUAGAAAAAGCAGCAGAUUUAAGUACAAAUGACCAUGUUGCAGGCGAUAGUAGAACUGUUUCAGCCAAUAUUAAUAAUCCUGUGGAAAAUACUAGUACUGAACUACUUCCUACAAAUGACAAACAACUUCCUGAAAAUAAGGGAGUAGAUUUUGGUGGUGAUGGACAUGAGGCAGGCCAAACUAAAACUGUUUCAGCUGAUAUAAGUAAAGCUGUGCACAAUUCUGACGCUGGUCUAGUUCAUACAGAUGAUAAACAAAUUGCUGUAAAUAAAAUACCAGAUUCUGGUGGAGAUGGACACAAAACAGGCGAAAUUAACAGUAUUUCGGAUGAUGUUACUAGACUAUAGCAUAGAGAUGGUAAAUAACUUACUGCAAAUACCGGAGCAGAUUUUGGUAAUAAUGAAAAUGAUGCAGGGGAAAGCAAAAUUGGUUCUGCUGACGUUAAUAGUACUUAAUUCUAAGGAUAAAACUUUUUAU